CCUAACAAAACCUCAGGAAGGCUCAAAAUGUGGAAAUGAACACAUCUCUCUUUUUAGAAGGCUGCUUUUUUCCUGGAGGCCACAAACACACUCUGAAACUCCUGGCCACCGAGUGCCUCGGAUCUUAUCUUUUGUUCCACUUAAUUACUGUUGAAAACAUAUUUAUACCUUCCCCUGCCUAACAUAGGUUUCACUUCUACUGUGGAUUCCCAGCAGAGAAGACCUUGCUUUCCAGCUCUGCACCUGGCUUUGGACUGUCUUCAUGUCCUGACAAGGUGACCUUCUGGAACUUUGAAUUUCCCUUUCUCUCUUCCCCUGAGUCUUUGUGAUUACCCUGGAAUCAUCUCCCCUGAGUUCAGUUAUCAUCUCCAUACUGGUGACCCCCAGACCCACAGAUAGAGCCAUCUUGCCUUUCUUGAGUGACUGUCCCGAAUCCCCAGUGGCCUGGAGGACACCUCCACCUGGAUGUCCUGCCGUGGGCUUCUAAGAACCUACCUCCAAAAUGCAGCAAGGACAACCAAUGGUAGUGGUGACUCAGCCCCAGGGUGGCGCCUACCCCCAAAACUCCAACUGGCAGACAGGUCUUCUAGAUUGUUGCAGCGACUGUGGAGUCUGCCUCUGUGGGUUGUUUUGUACCCUGUGUCUCGCAUGCCAAGUGGCUUCUGACCUGAAUGAAUGCUGCUUGUGUGGAACCAGCGUAGCCUUGAGAACCCUCUACCGGACCAGAUACGGCAUCCCUGGUUCCAUCUGCAGUGACACCAUGGUGACUUCAUGUUGUAUACUGUGUUCUCUUUGCCAACUUAAGAGGGACAUUAAUAAGAGGAAGCAAAUGAAUGCUUUCUGAAAAAGCUAAUGAUGAAGUUUGUGUUACUGAUGAAGUCAAUUGGCAUCAGUUUUAACACCUGGAAAAUCUAUUUCUUUAAGUAUUCCUCUAAUUCUUGAUCUUAAAUUGCUACAUGAAUCAUGACAUGCUACAUGACACGCCACGCCAGUGAAGCUCUUCUUAUUUUAUGUGAACAUUUAUUCCUGGGACCUUUUCCCAGGAAGCUUUCAUCUGCGGCUCACUGCGACUCCUGUAACAAUGCUUGAUUUGUAACAUGCGGCUUUUUUUUCUUUAGUGUAAAACAAAUAAAGAGCAUUCAAAAUAAGA